GCAGUAGAGUAGCGAAGCUGAUAAGAAAAAUAGGCACCCUACUGAUAUGAGCAUAAAAAACGCUGACGAGCAAGAAAGCUUAUUGUCGCGCCUGCAUUGGCUCAUAGAACGCAGUAAAAAUGACUUCAAAGGGAAUCCUCCUCCUUUUGAGCAGCCCAAAGAUCGAAAACUCGUAGAGCGAGAAAAGCAGCGGCGAGCUAAUGUCUUAGCUGCUCCUGAAAGAUUUUUACCCUUUCACCAUGCCCCUAAGCCACUUGCCCUUGACGCAACACGCAUUGAUUAUUUAAAGGGGGUAGACAACACUAAGUUCCGUACCAUACUACUGCGCAAAGAAAACUCUACAAAGCAAAAAGUUGACCCUGAAACUGGACUUAUUGAAAUACAAGCUGCGCUUUGCUGGAACAUCAAGCCUCGUUCUAAGCCACUGAACUCUGAUGUGCGCUCUCAAUCCGAUCAACAUCUUAAAUAUGCAACCAAUGGGAUACAAAAUGAUGUUGCGCGGCAUGUCCGUAGUUCAUCACCACAGAAGCAUAUUGUCGGACACAUCCAUGAAGUUCAUUAA